AAGGUGGUAGAGGUCGGUAGCACUGCACUCACUCUCUGGCACUCUCGUCCUGGGCCCUGCCUGACUUGUGGUUCUGAAGGGAAAGACUGGACGACCGGACGAGAAAGAGUCAAUGAAAGGCCUGAAAUUCAAGCCAUGCCGCUUUCCAGGAUUCUCCACUGCCCUGGACGUCUUGGACCACCCCCCAGCCCGCCUUCCGUUUGCGCUAGCAGGUUGUUGCAGUGCUCUGCUCCGUUCCCGACCCCUCUGGCCGCCGCCCUCUCCUCGCUCUCUUUCGCUGACUGCCGUCCUGCCUCCUUUCGAGUCCGUUCCAUUUUCUCUCCUUCUCACCACCUUCGGCAGCCCGCCACCCCCCAAAACCCGAUCCAUCGUCAUUUAUCCGCGUCCGUCUGCUGCCCGCCCCCUUUCACCACUCACUUCUGCCCCGACACAGCAGACGCUGCAGACGACAGACGUCUUUUUAUUUGUUCCUUUUUUUUUUUUCCUUUCGGGGGUUUGUUAUCGAGAAGGCGGUUCGCAUUCAAGUUGUCCACCACCAAAUAGACGGAUUCUUCGUCCCCCAUCCCAAUCCACCCAGCUUUCUCUCUUCGCGCGCGACCCUCUGAGCCUCCUUCGAUCCGUUCGCAUACCACUCACUCCUCGCUUGCGCAAAGAAGCAACAGCCGACUGGGGAAGCCUCUCGUAAUCACCACGGCACUCCACCCAAGGAAUCGACCCAAUUUCAGCAACCCAUCUGUGCCCCCCGUAUCCCGGUCGUCCAGUACCUAUACUUGGUCAAUUUCGAAGAAGCUGAAUUGCAGAAAGUGCAAAGCAAUUCAGCCACCAUCGUCGUCGUCGUCGUUGUUCGUCGUUCGCAUCUUCGAAUAGGACCUCCUGUCCGUUUCCCGACUUUGGUCGCUGCAUCCCGGCCAGCAGUCCUUCACUUCCGGCAUCCGCCAACCCCAGCCCCGUCCGUCUCACCGACUAGACCGAGAACGCAAGAGGACCCAGCGUGUUUACCGAAGCCA